UACUACAGAGCCACACUGAGGUCUCUGCGCGUAUCGCAUAGCGUUAGGAAGCUGGCGGACAGAAAGAAGUCUUGCCGUUCUGACUGGAUGAAUUCACGAGCGCACAGGAAGACGUAAAUAAAGAUCCGAUACGGCGUCGAUUGCAAGGACAGCCCGUGCUCCGGAUAAUUCCUUUAGGUGGCAUUAGACUCUCACACAGCCUCAUUAAAGGAGCUUGGAUCAGUGUUGCUCUCUGCGCUCUUCUCUCCCGCUUGUCAAACCAAAAUCCCGAGCAAGCCAACGCUCUUACCUGAAAGGACACGCUUGCUUUGGGUGUGUGUUUGUGCUGUUUCCAACAGGAUAAUCACUUUCAACAAAUACGCACGAGUUACCCAUCGUCGCCGAAGUCAAAUCACGGGGAUUACGUUUGUUUGCAAAGCUCUUGACUGCAGAGACCGUAUGUGUGUCCCCCUCCGCUGUGUAGAGAGCAAAGUGCUGAUAAAUCUCCUGUGACUGGACUCGGGACCUGAGUGAGGAGCUUCUCGGAACUGCACUUGACAGGAGCGGUUGGGACGAACCAGGACUGACCAAAAUUCGCACCUGAGGGGGAAACUGAAAAACCAGCGAAAAUGCCUCUUGCACAAAUCGCGGAGCCAUGGCCCACAAUGGAACUAGUGCAGCUCGAAACCGAGAAUGGACAGAGCACUACAGAGGAUGGAGUCACAACUGCUGUCAAGGAAGAUGGAGACAUCAAAGAGAUCAACAUCACCCAUGUGGUCAAGGAGGGCUCAGAGAAAGCUGAUGCCUCUCAGUUUGAACUGCUCAAAGUCCUGGGACAGGGAUCCUUUGGCAAGGUGUUCCUGGUACGAAAGGUGACUCCUCCCGAUGCUAACCAGCUCUAUGCCAUGAAGGUCCUCAAGAAGGCCACACUAAAAGUCAGAGACCGUGUGAGGACCAAGAUGGAGCGAGACAUUUUGGCAGACGUCAAUCACCCAUUUGUUGUCAAACUGCACUAUGCAUUCCAGACUGAAGGGAAGCUGUACUUGAUCCUGGACUUUCUCAGAGGAGGGGAUCUUUUUACUAGACUCUCCAAAGAGGUGAUGUUCACAGAAGAGGAUGUGAAGUUUUACCUAGCAGAACUGGCAUUAGGACUGGACCACCUUCAUAGCUUGGGUAUCAUUUACAGGGACCUCAAACCUGAAAACAUUCUUCUGGAUGAGGAGGGACACAUCAAACUCACAGAUUUCGGCCUGUGUAAAGAAGCCAUUGAUCAUGAGAAGAAAGCUUAUUCCUUCUGUGGCACUGUGGAGUACAUGGCACCAGAGGUCGUGAACAGGCAGGGACACACCCACAGCGCCGACUGGUGGUCGUUCGGGGUACUAAUGUUUGAGAUGCUGACGGGGGCGUUGCCAUUUCAAGGGAAGGACCGCAAAGAAACCAUGAAUCUCAUUCUGAAGGCUCGUCUUGGAAUGCCUCAGUUCCUGAGUGCAGAGGCCCAAUCUUUGCUCAGGGCUUUGUUCAAAAGGAACCCUGCCAACAGACUGGGAUCUAAUGCCGAUGGCGCUGAGGAGAUUAAGCGGCACGGUUUCUUCUCAACCAUAGACUGGAAUAAACUCUUCCGAAAAGAAGCAAAGCCUCCGUUCAGACCAGCGGUCGCACGUCCGGAUGACACUUUCUACUUCGACUCCGAAUUCACCUCCCGCACACCUAAAGACUCCCCUGGUGUACCCCCCAGUGCUGGAGCUCACCAGCUCUUCAGAGGCUUCAGCUUUGUUGCAUCAACUCUGUUAGAGGAGGAUGGUUCAUCAGAGCCAGUGCAGGCCCCACCACAUCCAGUGGUUCAGCAACUACACGGGAAAAACGUCCUUUUCAGCGAUGGCUACGUACUGAAGGAAGAUAUAGGGAUGGGCUCUUUCUCCGUCUGUAAACGUUGUAUCCACAAAGCCACCAACACUGAAUACGCUGUCAAGAUGAUUGACAAGACUAGCACAGACCCCUCUGAGGAAAUAGAGAUUCUGCUUAGAUACGGACAGCACCCUAACAUCAUAACACUCAAGGAUGUGUACGACAACGGUAAGCAGGUGUUCAUGGUGACGGAGCUGAUGCGUGGAGGAGAGCUGCUGGAUCGGAUCCUCAAGCAGAAGUUCUUUUCGGAGCGAGAGGCCAGCGCUGUGCUACACACUAUCACCAAGACUGCUGAGUACCUCCACUCACAAGGGGUAGUGCACAGAGACCUGAAGCCCAGCAACAUCCUCUAUGUCGACGAGUCGGGGAAUCCCGAGUCAAUCAGAAUCUGUGACUUCGGCUUUGCUAAGCAACUGCGUGCCAACAAUGGCCUGCUAAUGACCCCGUGCUAUACUGCUAACUUUGUAGCUCCUGAGGUGCUGAAGCGUCAGGGCUAUGAUGAGGGAUGUGACAUCUGGAGUCUCGGGGUUUUGCUGUACACCAUGCUGGCUGGUUUCACUCCAUUUGCCAACGGACCUGAAGACACUCCAAAUGAAAUCCUGAACAGGAUAGGCCACGGCCACUUCAGUCUGACUGGUGGUAACUGGGACUCUGUGUCUGAUGCCGCCAAGGACCUGGUGUCCAAGAUGCUUCACGUUGACCCCCAUCAGAGACUGACUGCUAAGCAGGUUCUCAAACACCCAUGGAUUGUCCGCAGAGACAAGCUGCCCAACAGCCAGCUCCCACACCAGGACCCCAAGCUGGUCAAGGGUGCAAUGGCAGCCACCUACUCCGCCCUGAAGAACUCACAACCUACUCCAGAGCUCAAGCCCAUUGAGAGCUCCUUCCUUGCUCAGAGGCGUGUUAAGAAACUUCCCUCCACAUCUCUGUAGAGACUCUGAAUAGCCAAACAGGUCACAGGAGUCUGAUCAAAACCACACCUCCUGGCUCCAAACCACCCCGUCAGCUUGCUCGGGGACUUGGUGUCGACCCGCCAAUACCAGCCAAGGAACACUGACUGUGGUCCUGCCCCCAUCUUGUGACAUCAGUUGUCCCGCUCUAGCUAUCAUCCUCCUUGUGUGGGCUCGCCAGCUGCAGCUGUUAGCCGAUCUCCUUUUGCCUAUCAAAAUAUCAUGACGAUGGAUGGGGGCAAUGAGGGCGAAAAAAAAAAAAUGUAAAAAAAAAAUGGGUGCAGGUUUUUUGGCAGAUGUUCUGGCGCCGUGUGGGUGUUUGUGCGAGUGUGUGAGCGUGUUUGUGCAUGACCCGCUACAGAGUCGAUGCAGCCCUGUUUUUGAUGGUGACAAUGAAAGUUUUCUCUUCUCAUCUUUGCUGUAAUUGGUUGUCAUUCUCGCUGCACGCCUAUCCAUCUGCCUGUUUUUUGGGUUUUUUGCCGUCUGUCCGUUCUUUUUGUAGGGUUUUUGAGCUUCGUAUUAGCGGUUGUGCUGCCAAUUCAACCUGUGCCGACAGCACAAAACCACAGUACUGUCCAAACUGCUGUUAAAUGUUUCUCAGAGAACGUUAUUGAUAUGAAUAUUAAAACAUUUCUGCCAUAAAUGCCUCUUUGGCUUUGGUACAGCCAGAAUAUGUGCAUUCUAGAAAAUGUCAGUUGCUGAUGUUUUGGUUAGUGUCAAUCUAUGCUUGCGUUUUGUUUUAUGGGGAGUGUGUGCGGACGCGUGCGUGUGUGUGUGGGCGUGUGUGUCAGUUGCAUGACUUGCAGUGUGUGUCUGUACUGUCUCGCGGGAUGCUGCAGAGUCAUGUGCAUGGUCCGGUGAUGUGGCUUUCUCGUUUCGCUCCUAUUCCUCUUCUCUGCUUGGUCAAUCUGCUGGCAACCAUUUGAGAUGUCUGUUAUUUUUAUUACUAUAAAAACUAGUAACAUAGAUGGCUUUCUGUGAAAGAAACCCUGCCCAAGGAACAAUGUGGCAUGUUAAAAAUUCUAUAUUUGCAUUGUUUUCUUUUUUUUUUUUAGUUGUUUUCACUGUGUUUCUUGGAUAAUGCCUAUUGAAUACUGUUUCCUGUGUUGGUUGUUUUUGCUGUCGAUUGUUUGUUUUUUUUUCUCUUUAUCCAAAGAAAGUAGUGAUUUAAAAUAGUGAAAGACAUGCUGAGCACAUCGCAGCCUGUGGACUUGAUGCCGCACCGGUCUCUUCUUCUGUUUAAUAAGUCAGGGCUGGCUGCUGUCUUUACGGAAAUAAGCACUUGUUAAAAUCUCUGUCAAAUCACUGGUUAUAAUGUCACACAUACUUGCCCUUAUUGUGGAUUAUCUUUUUUUCAUUCAUUAUAUUGGAAUUCCAUUUGUUGAUUAUCUGACUCGUUGGUAUUUUAUUGACACUGAAUACGAGGCCUAGAGUUAAAGGUGUCUCAGUGUAAGCUUCUCCACGGAGUAGGUCCUGCUUUUAGCUCAGUGCCUAGGCCUACAGGUGAGGCGGAAUGUCUUGCAUGGAAAGCACACCGUAAGGAUAAGAAGAUGCUGUGCAUGUGUAGAAGAAAAGACCUGUGUGGCUUAAGAAUCUAUGAAGCAGCUGUCUUACCUCAAAAGAAAUCAAAGUUAUAUUAUAAUUCUUGUUUGGUGGCAAAAAAUCUCCCUCCUUUGUCAAAAUUUAUGGUAAGAUGUUAUUGUAUGAUAAAGAUGAAGAUUUUUAUAUCUUACAAUAUUAAAAAUCGAGUUGCUAUGACAAA